AUGGUGCUCAAGACCGAGAAGUGCGCGUUCAGCGGGCUGCGCGUCUACCCCGGCCACGGCACGCGCCUGACGAAGAUCGACUCCACGACGUUCCUGUUCCUGAACGGCAAGUCGAAGAAGAUGCACGCGCAAAAGAAGAAACCCGCCAAGUUGGCGUGGACGACGACGUACCGCAAGGCGCACAAGAAGGACAUCGAAGCUAGCACUCGCACGAAGAAGCGACGGGUGAACAAGAGCGCGUUCACGCGAUCUUUGGUUGGGGCUUCCUUGGAGGUGCUCGCGAAGAAGCGUAACGAAAAGCCGGAAGUGCGCGCCGCGGCGCGUGAUGCGGCGCUCCGUGAGAUUAAGGCGCGAGCGGCGAAGAAGAAGGGCGCGAAGAAGUAA